AUGGGCCACAAGUCGGAGUCGGACCAGCCUGAUGCUGGACUAAAGAGUCUCAACCAUUACUCAAACCGUUUACCCCUCUGGCGGUAUUGGCCGCGACAGCAACUCAUCCCACUGAUUCGAUAUGAGACUCCAUACCUUGCCUGGGUGCAGGAGAAAGUCCGCACCCCGACGCUCGAUUCAUACUUCGCGUUCACGGCGAACCUCGGUACCCACACGUUCUUCAUGGUCUUCCUGCCCUUCCUGUUCUGGUGCGGGUCUCCGAGCAUGGGUAGAGGGCUCGUACACAUAUUAGCAUCUGGUGUCUUUUGGAGUGGCUUUAUUAAAGACUUGCUAUGUCUUCCCCGGCCUCUAUCUCCCCCACUGCAGCGCAUCACGAUGUCCGGCUCUGCAGCCCUCGAAUACGGAUUCCCCUCGACACAUUCUACAAACGCUGUUUCGGUGGCUGUCUAUGCCUUGGGAUUACUUGGAUCGCCUGAAUCGACUCUCAGUGCGCAAGCCACACUCCUUCUCCAAUGCGUCACCUAUAUGUACGUCGUGUCGAUCGUUCUGGGCCGUCUGUACUGCGGUAUGCAUGGGAUGCUGGACUGUACUGUUGGGUGUGCUUUGGGCGCGGGCAUUGGUCUCAUCCAGUUCCACUACGGACCAGCCUUUGAAGAAUUUAUUGUGUCCGCUUCGUUGAAGGAUAUCUCCCUGCUCGCGCUUUUGAUCAUAUCUCUGGUCCGCGUCCACCCUGAGCCGGCCGAUGAUUGUCCCUGCUUUGACGACAGUGUUGCGUUUGCGGGAGUCAUGCUUGGCGUGGACGUAUCCUCGUGGCAUUUUGCCGAUAUUUGGGAUGGAUAUCCUGCUGGGUCGAUCCCAUAUGACCUGAACACCGUGGGAUGGAUCAAAACUGUUAUUCGUCUGGUUGUGGGUGUACUGUGCGUGUUUGCCUGGAGGACUGUGAUGAAGCCCGCUCUGCUUCGCAUUUUACCGCCCAUCUUCCGGACCCUGGAGAAACUUGGACUCCUUCUCCCUCGACGUUUCUUCACGACUGCUUCGAAAUACACCACUGUUCCAUCUAAUCUUAAGGACCGCGAUGUCCUCCCUAAUUUCUCCGACAUUCCAUCUAUCAUCACUACCAUGCGUCAUCCUCGCCGCAGAGCCAUCUCUGUCGGCCCUCAGUCAGAGGCUGAUGCGUACGAGACCCUGGCAUACAGGGAAAAACGUCGACGUGAGAGCCAAUCUGGAAAUCGUGCUUCUCCAGCUGCAGAGGGAGAGACAAAGUCAAACGGGGCGCCAACUAUGUCAAGAAAGCCGACAACCCUGGGCGAUUACGAAGGCAUGAUGGGAAGAGGCAGUCCCCAUUCGUCUGCCGUCGACGUCAGCCCCGAGACAACACCUUUCCCCUCGGCGGACUUUUCGAUAGAAACAGAACUGGAGGCCGAGCAACGGGAUGAAAAAGAGGUAUUCUCCCAGAUUAAGAAACCCCGUGUCCGUUACGAUGUGGAGGUCGUGACCAAGCUGGUUGUAUAUGCGGGUAUUCCUUGGAUUGUUAUCGAGGUCGCACCCCUACUAUUUGACCUAAUCGGACUCGGAGUUCCGCAUGUUGUAUGA